CCGGCUCUCUGUCUGCUGAGACCGCCGUCAUAUUGGCUGCUAGAGCAGCAGCGACCACGGCAGAAAAGAAGACCCCCACCAUGGUGAAGAACGGGUUCUCGCGGCGCCUAGAGAAUCAUUUAGCUUUUUAAAUCAUUUGGAUUAGUAUUUAGCGAUUUAUUAUUAAACUAUUCGGGAUGAUACCAUAAAGUAUCCGCGUACCUUUAGUGCUUUCAUCCGACACUGUGGUCCGCAAGGGGGAUGUAUGCCUGACUUCUCUUAAUAGCCAUUUUCUGCAGACAAAGAGAGCUGUUGAAUAGAGCUUUCAAAAGGCACGAGGGUCCCAGGGGCUCCUAUUGAUGAAGAAAGUGGGCAACAUGUGGAGCAACCUGAAGAGCAAAUGCCAGACACUCUUUCACAACAACGGUUCAAGUGAAAGCAGGGUUGAGGCCAAUGCCGUCCACUGUGUGGUGGAUCUUGGCCAAGGAGGCAGCUCAGGUGAGGCUCAGGCACCAGGAGCCUCCAGCCCAUCACGGAGCCUCCUGCCAGUGCCAAUGCUACCGGCAGGACGCCGCCAUCACAACUGUGUGUCGGACAGCCCUCAGAUAGUAGAAAUUACAAUCGACAAGGACACUGAGGAUGUGCGGGGGAGAUCGGGGGGUGUUCCCCUGGCCCGGAGAGACUCCUAUUCCCGGCAUGCUCCGUGGGGGGGCAAGAAAAAACACUCAUGUUCCACCAAAACCCAGAGCUCUCUGGAGGCAGAUAGGCGGUCUGGGCGCUUACGGGGGAGUGGAAACCGUAGGGACAGGCGUUACGGAGUCAGCUCCAUUCAGGAGAUGAGCGACUCUGUAUCUGGAGGACGCAGUCUGACCGCUCGGUCUUUGCGCCAGCGGCUAAGCGAUACAGUGGGGCUAUGCUUACCCCUCCCUGCUCGCAGACGCUCCCGCUCCUCUAAGAACCCUGUUAUGUCCAAACGUAAGAUUCACCUGACGGAGCUCAUGCUGGAGACCUGCCCCUUCCCACCAGGCUCAGACCUUGCUCACAAGUGGCACUUGAUCAAGCAACACACGGCGCCGGUCAGCCCGCAUUCCUCCACUGCCCUGCUGGAUGCCUUUGAACCGGCCCAGCCCUCUCCUGAGGAUGAGGAGGAGCGUCUGCGUGAGCGCCGCAGACUUAGCAUCGAGGAAGGUGUGGACCCACCACCUAAUGCACAGAUCCACACCCUGGAGGCCUCCGUGCCGGGCUCCUCUCUCAACAAACUGGGACCAAAGAUGGCUCCUGGCAUGGGAGAGGCCUCUGGGGAAGGCCGGGCCUCGGGGGCUGGCAGCUCUGCGGUUGCUGGGUCGUCAGGGGCCUGUGGGCAGGCGUUGGGGGCUGCGGCGUCGGCCCAGGACUGUGACUCUGAGGAGGAUUCCACCACCCUCUGUCUGCAGGCCAGGAGGCCCAAGCAGAGGCACGCCUCUGGGGACGGUCACUUGAGCCGGCAGCAACCUGGGCCCUGGAAGGUUCACACUCAGAUAGACUAUAUCCACUGCCUGGUGCCGGACCUAUUGCAGAUCACCGCUCUGCCCUGCUACUGGGGCGUGAUGGACCGCUACGAGGCUGAGGCGCUGCUGGAUGGGCGGCCAGAGGGCACCUUCCUGCUGCGCGACUCAGCCCAGGAGGACUACCUCUUCUCCGUUAGCUUCCGCCGUUACAACCGCUCGCUGCACGCCCGCAUCGAGCAGUGGAACCACAACUUCAGCUUUGACGCUCACGACCCUUGUGUUUUCCACUCUUCCACCGUCACAGGACUGCUGGAACACUACAAGGACCCCAGCGCCUGCAUGUUUUUUGAACCGCUGCUUACUGCGCCUCUCCAUCGGACCUUUCCCUUUGGCCUGCAGCACCUGGCACGAGCUGCCAUCUGCCGCUGGACCACUUACGAUGGUAUAGGCUCUCUGCCGCUGCCCCCUGCCCUGCAGGACUUCCUCAAGGAGUAUCACUAUAAACAGAAAGUACGAGUUCGCUGGCUGGAGAGGGAACCGCCACUCAAGGUCAAAUAGGCCUCACCUAUAAUGUGCAGCUGCUGGUUCAGACUUUCUCCCCCCAUGGACAGAUGACCCCUGCACUCCUCCCAACACAACCGCCCGCUCAGAAGCAGCAGCUAUGCAGACAGACACGACCAAGCUGCCUGGAACUUCACAGUUAAGUAUUUGUUCAUUUGAAAUGAAGUAUAAAUAACAUGUGGGUUAUCGGUUUCAAGUUAGCUACCCAAGGCUUAUGAAUAAUUGACGCUCACCCAGGAGGAGGGAGAGGGUGAGGGGUAAGCUACCAUACAGGGCAGGAAACUUUUCUGUGGGCUCAGAGAGAGGAAAAGAAACCAACAAAACUGUGUAACAAACUCAUAAACUUACUACAGCACACUCGUAUCCAUGCUCUUGAAACAUACCCUCAAGUUUCCUGUUAAACCCUCUGGCACACCAUAAUAGAAACCGAGCAAUAACUCUCCAGCAAUAAGUUGUGGAAUCUAGAGUUGGAUGUGGGUCACUGAGAGGAGGAGGAAAGUGCAGAUGAUGAAGUUCUUGUCAGUUUAUCAGCAGGCCAAACCCUCCAGAUUUCAUCUGUGUGGCCCAGUCGGCUCUGUCUGAGACGCCUCCUUAUCAGCCCAGUGUGCUGGCCUCCAAUGUACGCGCCGCUCUAUCUCCGGUUGGCACAUUGAGCUGCAAUAAGCAGUUGUUUUUGGCAGCAGCAUCAAAAGACACGGCAAGGGUGAGAACUAUCACACCGCUUUCAAGAUGUCUGUUGCUCCAUGCCAAGAAUGUUAUUUUGUGUUUUUAUGUCAUUUGAUAAUGAGGGUUCACACAAAAAUAAGUUUUUUUUUUUAUAUAAGACACACUUAUUUAACACACUUAAAUAGCCUAGUUCCACAUAAGUGUUCUCACAUGCAAUGCACUCUCCAUGCUUCAUUUUUUGUUCAAGUGUGUGGGAAAGUGCAAAAUGUUUUGGUGCAGUUAAAUAUUUCCUGAAUGUCGAAUGCUGUAUAGGAAUAGUUUUUUGGAAAUACACAUUCACUUUUGUGCCAAGAGUUAGAUGAGAAGGUCGAUAGCCUACCGCUCUCAUUUUUGUCUGCUAAAUAUGAUGCCAGCAGCCUUUUAGCUUAGCUUAACUUAGCACAAAUGGAAACUGGGAAACCACUAGCUUGGUUCUGGUUAUAGAGAGCUUAAUAACUUCCAGAUUUUGUAUCAGAACAUUCAAAAUUCAAAAUCCCACUGACAUUUGUAUCUAUAUCAUUAAUAACUAAAAGAAAUAUCCAGCCUCGGAGCAUAACCUUUCCUGUGUGGUUCACUCCAUCUAGAUAAGGAUGGUAAUUUCUCUUUAAAAACAACCUAAUAGCUUUGUUGGGGUCUUGUCUUGGAAUAUGGAGAGUGUACCCGAGAAACAGAAAGAAACAAAGAAGAAGUAAGACAAAUGCUGAGUUACAGAAGCUAGUGGAACGGAGGCAUGCCUG